AUGCCAAGUGGAGUCGCAGUUCGCCAUGUUUCGUGUGGAGACUGCCACAGCUGUGCCUCGCAUGAGAAGCGUCGGGUCUGGUUUGGGGGCGCAGGCAGGAAACGGAGGUCCUGGAGAAGAGUGCACCAACGCAUACCAACGCUGGUCCUGGAGGUAUGCCUGCAGAUUGCAAGUGGCGCUAACCACACGGUGGCACUAGCAGCUCCGAGUGGCCACAAUCAAGUCUUCGCUUGGGGCUCUAACGCCAUGGGACAGCUUGGACUGGAAGACGCUUGUGGAUUCUCCGAGCGCACCCUGCCUUGCUCGGGCAGCGUCGCAGGCCUGGCACCGCGUGAAGGCGGCGGCUGCGAAGUCGCUGGCGAGCAGGUCGUGCGCAUUCAUCAAGCUGAUGGCUCUGUGCGUGCCGCUACUUCCAUGACUGCGGAACAGGUCCAGCAAGCUGUGGUGCAAGGUGCAACUGCCCUGGUUCUGCAGGUUGCAGAGCGGGAGGUCCCCAAACCAGAGAAGCAGAAACUGCUACGGCCACAGCACGUGCCGCUGGAAGUUGGUGCUGGGGAGCAUGUUGCUUCUUCGGACGGUGCCGUUGCUUGGUCGUCGGUUGAACGGCGAUGGCUAGGUUAG